CAUGGCAGCAGAAGAACAAAUGGAUAUGUCCCUUGAUGAUAUCAUCAAAGCAAAGCCCAGCAUGGUUAAACGUGGUGGAGGAAAAAGCAGAGGUAGUGGAGGAGGCGGUGCAGGUGGAGGAGGCGGCGGGGGAGGAAGAGGGAACAGUAGAGGGCGUGGUGGUUCCUCCAGAGGCAGACGCAACAACUCCAGAGCUACUCCUUAUAGCAGAGACACCCCCAGUGGUCGCUGGACACAUGAUAAAUUCGAGGGCGGCAGAUCGUCACUCGGCGGUGGUGGAGGUGGCGGCGGCGGCAGGGGCGCGGGCAUCGCUAAACUUCUUAUCAGUAAUCUGGAGUACAGUGUCAACGACCAGGACAUAAGGGAGUUGUUUGCUGAAUUCGGAGCUAUCAGAGCGUAUUCCGUACACUACGAUAGAUCAGGACGUUCCCUUGGAACAGCAGAUGUAACUUAUAUCAACAAAUCAGACGCCGCCCGGGCCCUGAAGACCUAUAAUAAUGUUCCCCUCGACGGUAAACCCAUGAUCAUAGAGUUGGUUACUGAUGAACCUUUAUCGACCGGUGGUGGCGGCGGUGGUGGUAACAGAAACAAUGGGGGAAACAGAAAUAGUAAUAAUAGGUCCAGAGGAGGAUCUGGCGGUAGGGGCAGAGGUGGGGAAAGGAGAGGAGGUCGUGGUCGUGGUGGUGGUGGCCGAGGAGGCGGCAGAGAGCAGAAGAAAACCAUGACUGCCGAAGAACUGGACAAACAAUUGGACGAUUACAAAAGCGCUAAAGCUUAAGCUUCCAGACCAGCCUUCCCUUACUACAUACAAAGUUCUUCUUGCCUUGCCAUGGACUGAAGAAAUCGCCGCUAAUUGUAAUUGUUAUGACUAUUUUAUCUGAAACUGCGCCAACUUGAUGCUAGGCGGAACGAGGAAACUCGCUGAAGUUAACAAAUGUCACAUUUUUAUCCGGGAUCGCAUUUUCGGGUCCUUUAAUCUUAAGAGUUUCACAAAGUUGACUUUUUUACAAAACAUACUUUCCCAAUUCCAAUUUAAUUAAUCAGCAGAGUUAACGUUUCUGAAUGCGAAUGGUUGUUGGUUGUGUACUUGAACUGUUCGAUUCUAUGGCCAUGUUUAAACUGAAUAUUUCAAUAUUUAUAUGCCACGUAGCUCCUCUUAUAUUACGAGAAAAACAACAGUUUAUUUUA